AUGGCCACUGACCGGGAGCCUUAUACCCUAAGGUCAUCUACAGCAACGGACAGAGCGAUGGACCAGCCUUCUUCCCUUCCGGAGGCCCUUGGUCAUCGACAUGGCGCCCAACCACCUCAACGAACGUCACCACACCCUGUGGAUACAGAGCUUCAAGGAACAGCUCCCGACGCGGCAACCCAGCCGGCCACUUCAGCCCCACUUCCGUCUGCAACUGCAGGCAUUCCGACCACCCUAGAUGUCGGACAGAUGUUAGCAGCCCUCACUCAGGCUGUGACAGCCCUAGCCCUCGCCCAGCAACAACAGGCACCUAAGAUAGAACAUCCUCCAACACCACCGGCCCCUACUCCGAGAUGGAAGCCGGCUUUGAAGAAAUUCAGCGGCGCGGAGCAUGAGAGCCCCGAAGAGUUCGCUGCCGUUGCAACAGAGCACCUCCUAGAUAUGGCGAUUGAAGAACGGCAUUGGACAGCGUACCUCCUGGAGCAUGGACUACAAGGAGACGCUGCAACGUGGGCAACAACCCACGCAGAUGCAAGACUCGACCACAACAUCUUCUUCAAGCGGUUGGUCGAUCAUUACAGCCACUCCUCCAGAUACACGAGACUGCUGGCUAAAUUAUAUGGACAUAGGCAGAAGCAGGAAACAGCGGCCGACUUCAUAACCCACAAGAUGGCCCUGUUUAACCGUGUGGCACCCGCUACACCCGAUGAAAACAGGUGUAGGAUCAUUAUUGAUCAGUUGCGCCCUGAGAUCCGUCAGUUCCUGAGGGCCAAUCCGCCACGUAGUGAAUAGGAACUACGUCGCACAGUGGAUGAGCUGGAAAUGGACAUAAAGGACACCACUCCGACUGUCAGCCAACGCCAAGACAGACCAGCUCCCAAACCGGACCGUCCUCCACAACAUCAGCAGGACCGUCCGCAGCAUCCACCACGUCAAGACCGUCCUCGACAGACGGAAACCCUCAGCGACUGGCGUCACAGGGGCAACAACCGUAGCAACAACGGUAAUAACCCCAGUAGCAACCAUUUUAACCGCAACAACGGGAAUAACAACCACACAAACCAAUUUAACCGCAACAACGGCAACAAUCACCACAAUCAA